GACUGCGUGCAACUUCAGCAAUCAGUUUGAGUUGAAACGCGAGGCGGUUAACAUGUUUUAAGAAAACGAGCUCCGGCAGAAACAGAAACUGAAACAGAAACGCAAACGCAAACGCAAAACACAAACGCAAAACGUUUUUAAAGUGCCAACAACAACAACAACGAAGUUCAAGAAGAAGUUGAAAAGCAAAGAAAAAUUAUUACAAGUGCUGACCAUUUAAAUCGCUGAGUGCACGCAACGCAAAAACAACAACAACAACUUAAAUUAUACACACACACGCACAUACUUACACACAUACACACGCACACAAGGAUUACGGUUACGCGGCGCAAAGAGCAAAAGAAAAAAGCGAUCAAAUAUGAAAACCAGAAAGUGAAUUAGUUUGAACAAACCAAAAAAAUCCCCCCUCUGAAAAGUCCUCUCGCAUAGAGAAGCUGAAGUGAAAGCUUUUAAAAAAGUUCCACAACUAAACGAAACAAAUCAACAAUGUCAACAACAACAACAGUUAUGCGCUGCUGCCUGUUGCUCACUUUGCUGCUGGCAGCGACGCAUGCGCAGCAGUGCGCCUGGGAAUUUGUGCGCACCACAAUGGACAUCAAGUGCAACGUGCGCGCCUUGGAUGUUGCCACAUUGGAUCUGCAAGUGGCGGAGACGGCCAAUCGCUUCGAGUUGCAGUGCAGCGCCGAUUUGUUGCAUGCCAGCGAAUUGACAAACGGUCUGUUCAAGAAGCUGCAAAAACUGUCCGAGCUGCGCAUCGAUGCCUGCAAGUUGCAACGUGUGCCGGCCAAUGCCUUCGAGGGUCUCAUGUCGCUGAAGCGCCUCCAAGUGGAGACGCACAACGCGCUGUGGGGACCGGGCAAGACGCUCGAGUUGCACGCUCAGUCGUUUCACGGCCUGCGCGAGUUGAGCGAGCUGCACUUGGGCGACAACAAUUUGCGGCAGCUGCCCGAGGGCGUCUGGUGCAGCAUGCCCGGCCUGCAGCUGUUGAAUCUCACACAGAAUCGCAUACGUGCCGCAGAGUAUCUGGGCUUCUCGGAGAAACUGUGCAUGGGAUCGCCCAAUGGCGCUGUCAGUGGCGGCUCCGAGUUGCAGCUGCUCGACUUGUCGCACAACGAGCUGCGCUCGCUGCCCGAUGCCUGGGGCGCCUCUCGCCUGAGACGCCUCCAAACGCUCAGUCUGCAGCACAACAACAUCAGCUCGCUCUCGCCCAACUCCCUGGCGGGUCUGAGUUCGCUGCGCGUCUUGAAUCUGUCGCACAAUCAUCUGGAAUCGCUGCCCGCUGACUCGUUUGCCGGCAACAAGGAGCUGCGCGAGUUGCAUCUGCAUCACAACGAUCUCUACGAUCUGCCCAAGGGACUGCUGCAUCGCCUGGACCAGCUGCUCGUCCUGGAUCUGAGCGCCAACCAGCUGACCAGCCAUCACGUGGACAACAACACAUUUGCCGGCCUCAUCCGUCUCAUUGUGCUGAAUCUGUCGAACAAUGCGUUGACUCGCAUUGGCGCCAAGACCUUCAAGGAAUUGUACUUCCUGCAGAUUCUGGAUAUGCGCAACAAUUCCAUCGGUCACAUCGAGGAAGGCGCCUUCCUGCCCCUGUACAAUCUGCACACGCUCAACCUGGCCGAGAAUCGUCUGCACACUCUGGACAAUCGCAUUUUCAACGGUCUCUACGUCCUGACCAAGUUGACCCUGAACAACAAUCUGAUCAGCAUUGUGGAGUCGCAGGCGUUCCGCAAUUGCUCCGAUCUUAAGGAGCUGGACUUGAGCUCCAAUCAGCUGCUGGAGGUGCCCGAGGCGGUGCAGGAUCUGAGCAUGCUUAAGACACUCGAUCUGGGCGAGAAUCAAAUCUCGGACUUUAAGAAUGGCACCUUCAACAAUCUGAAUCAGCUGACGGGUCUGCGACUGAUCGACAAUCGCAUUGGCAACAUCACAGUGGGCAUGUUCCAGCAGCUGCCACGCUUGAGUGUCCUCAAUCUGGCCAAGAAUCGCAUCCAGAGCAUCGAGCGUGGCGCCUUCGAUAGGAACACUGAGAUCGAGGCGAUUCGCUUGGACAAGAACUUUCUCACCGAUAUCAAUGGAAUCUUUGCCACACUCGCCUCUCUGUUGUGGUUGAAUCUCUCAGAGAAUCAUCUGGUGUGGUUCGACUACGCCUUCAUUCCCUCCAAUCUCAAGUGGCUGGACAUACAUGGCAACUACAUUGAGGCCCUGGGCAACUACUACAAGCUGCAGGAGGAGCUGCGAGUGAGCACCUUGGAUGCGAGCCACAAUCGCAUCACCGAAAUCUCCCCCAACUCCGUGCCCAACUCCAUUGAGCUGCUGUUCAUCAACAACAACAUCAUCAACCAGAUUCAGCCGAACAGCUUUGUGGACAAGACGCGUCUGGCACGCGUCGAUCUCUAUGCCAAUGUGCUGUCCAAGCUGACGCUGAACGCGCUCCGUGUGGCACCUGUGGCACUGGAGAAGCCACUGCCCGAGUUCUAUCUGGGCGGCAAUCCCUUCGAGUGCGAUUGCUCCAUGGAGUGGCUGCAACGCAUCAACAACCUGACGACGCGGCAACAUCCGCGAGUCGUGGAUCUGGGCAACAUUGAGUGCCUCAUGCCGCACAGUCGCCAGGCGCCACUGCGUCAACUGUCGCAGCUGACGGCCGCGGAUUUCGUCUGCAAGUACGACACGCAUUGCCCUGCCACAUGCCACUGCUGCGAGUACGAGAGCUGCGAGUGCGAGAUGAUCUGCCCCAACAACUGCAGUUGCUUCCACGACGUCAACUGGUCGAGCAACAUUGUGGAUUGUGGCAAACAAGAUCUGUUGAGCGUGCCACCGCGUCUGCCCCAGGAUGUCAAUGUGCUGUAUCUGGACGGCAACAACUUUCCCGUGUUGCAUGCUGCACAGUUGGCCGGCCAACGCAAUCUCCACACACUCUAUCUGAAUGCCUCCAAUCUGAUCUCUCUGGAAAAUGGCAGCCUCGCCCAGCUGCCCAAUCUCCGUGUGCUGCAUCUGGAGCACAACAAACUCAACUCCCUGGAGACUGACACAUUCCGUUCGCUGACCUUGUUGCGCGAGUUGCAUCUGCAGGGCAAUCAGCUGACGCACAUUGGCAAUGCCACAUUCGAGCCCUUGGUGUCGCUGCAACUGCUGCGCCUGGACAACAACCGCCUGAGUGUGCUGCCCCUGCAACAGCUCUCCAAUCUGCAGUACCGCAACAACCUGCAGGGCUUGACGCUGGGUCGCAAUGCCUGGAGCUGUCGUUGCCAGCAGCUGCGCGAGCUCGUCCAGUUUGUGGCAGACAAUGCGCUGGUGGUGCGCGAUGUGGCAGACAUCUACUGCGUGGAUGCGGGCAUCAAGCGGGAGCUGGAGCUCAUGGGUCUCGGACAGGAGAAGCUGCCGACUGGCGAUUGCUCCGAACUGCUCGACGCAAGUGCCAGCAACAUUAGCUCCACUCCGGAUCUGACCAAUGGCUAUCGUCUGCCGCUGCUGGCCGCUGUCCUGGUGCUCAUCUUCCUCGUGGUCGUGCUCAUCAUUGUCUUCGUGUUCCGGGAGAGCGUGCGCAUGUGGCUCUUUGCCCACUACGGCGUCCGAGUCUGCGAGCCGAGGUUCGAGGAUGCGGGCAAGCUCUACGAUGCCAUCAUUCUGCACUCGGAGAAGGAUUACGAGUUCGUCUGCCGCAAUAUUGCCGCCGAACUGGAGCACGGUCGUCCGCCCUUCCGUCUCUGCAUCCAGCAACGCGACCUGCCCCCCCAGGCGAGUCAUCUGCAGCUGGUGGAGGGUGCAAGGGCGUCCAGGAAGAUCAUAUUGGUGCUGACUCGUCAUCUGCUUGCCACGGAGUGGCAGCGUGUUGAAUUCCGCAAUGCAUUCCACGAAGCGUUGCGCGGUCUCGCCCAGAAACUGGUCAUCAUCGAGGAGACGAGUGUGUCCAGCGAGGCCGAGGAUGUCGCCGAACUGGCGCCCUAUCUCAAGUCGGUGCCAUCGAAUCGCCUGCUCACCUGCGAUCGCUACUUCUGGGAGAAGCUGCGCUACGCCAUUCCCAUUGAGCUGUCGCCACGUGGCAACAACUACACCUUGGAUCAUCACGAGCGCUUCAAGCAGCCCGUCUCGCCGGGCUUAAUCUUCCGGCAGGCGCCUCCUCCGCCAGCCUACUACUGCACCGAGGACAUGGAGGCCAACUACUCGUCGGCCACAACUGCCACGCCCUCGCCGCGCCCCAUGCGGCCCGUGGUGGAGGCCAUGGCCAUGCGUCCCCCCUCGGAGCACAUUUACCACAGCAUCGAGUCGGAGUACAGCGCCUACGAUCAGCACGAGGCGCUCUCGAUGAUGCCCAGCGGUCUGCUGCAUCAUCCCCAUUCCCAUCCCCACUCCCAUCAGCAGCAGCAGCAGCACCAGCAGAUGCAGGCUCAUCAGCUGCAGCAAUUGGCGCGUCAGCAGCAGCAGCAGCGUCUGUUGCAGCCGCAGUUCCGUGCGCCAGCAGCAACAUCCUCGGCAGCAGCGACGUCGGCAGCGCCAGUGCAUCUGCGCAGCGGCAGCGGCCUCAGCCAGGCAAGCACAAGCACGCAGUCAACGGCUCAAGCUUCCACUUCCGCUGCUGCCGCACAGCAGCAACAACAGCAACAACAGCAACAACAACAAGCAGCUGCUGGCGUCGAAGCUGGCAGCACCAAUAAGAACGGCGGCCAAGCAUUCCUGGUGUAAAAGCUCUCUCGCUCUCUCGCUCUCUGUCUCGCUGUCACUCUCGUGCUCUCCUCCUCCCUCAUUCACUCGCUCAACGGUUCCUGCGCAAGGGCGGCCAUCUUGAAGCUGUUCGCUCGCUUGCGCGCCAGGCAAAAACUACAAAAGCAACGCAAAACACACACACACAAUACAUAUGCAUAUAUAUAUACACACACAUACAUAUAUACAUAGAGUAUAUAAAGAAAAAGACUUUUUCGUAGGCAUUUCUUUUCACAUGCGCCUUCGGUGUUCAAGUGUCGUUGUCGUUGUCGUUGUUGUUGCUGUUGCUGUGGUUUUAUAGUUGUUUCGCACAACCAACACACAGACAGGCAGACACACGCACACACGCAUAUACAUCUAUACAUACAUAAAACAUAUAUUUAUAGGCUUAUUAUUAUACUAUUAUCAUUAUUAUUAUCAUUAUAACAAUUACUAGAAAUGUUGCAAAAAACACUUUCAAAUUCAAUGUGAUAUAUUAAUUAAAAAUAUUAAAUAUAUACAAUAUAUAGAUAUAUAUAGAGGUCACGCCCCCUAACUGUAAUUGUAGCUAUUAGUUUCUAGCCAGGCAACACCUAAAUCUUAAUUUAAAUCUACACCAUAGUAAAC